GGCCGCGACAUAGGGCGCAAAUGCGGUCUAUAAGCUCAAAAACAUUUCGAGAUCUAACUAAUAAUCUCUAUGUUUUAAAUAUUAACUUUAAGCUGCUAUUCUACGGCCAGGAGAAACCUAACUCCAGUAAUUUGCGAUGAUGUUACAAUUUGAAUCUCAACUUUCAUUUAGUCAGAUUUCGAGCCUCUGGAUCUUAUUAUACAGCUCUUGCUUUUGCGUCAUCGAUGUUCAAUGACGAUCUUGUUAAUUUGCUCUUCUAGAUCGUCGGUGAUGAAUGCUUUACCCGCUUAACGAGGACUUAUAUCAUUAUUCUGACAAAGGUAUAGAAGCAAAGUUUCAAACACUGGGUGGUACAAAAAAAUUUAACCGUACAUGCAGGUCAUAUUGGCUGAUAACCUUGAGACUAAGAUUUACGUUCAUUUCGGGGUGGUGGUCAACGCUGGUGUGAAUAGACGCCAUGACAGUCGUGAAAGCCCGGACCUCUGUAAGAAGCGUGAAAGGACACAUUUAUGCCUUGUUGUGGUAGAAUUGCUCCACCCACUACAAUUGAGGAUUCCUGUGUCUUUGCUUUUUGUCUAUGUUUCGUCAAUUUUUAGCAUUUCGCGAGUCAAAGUCGCAUUCAUUGGAUCGAGUGACUGAGUUUUGCGCGGUAAUCGAAAAAAUGUGCAUGUAUUUGUCGAUUUUCGUCUGUACGUACCUCAGCAUGUUAUCGAGCUUUGUGAAUCUCUUGAUCAGGAUUCAUAUAUACUUAAGAACGAAUCAUGGGCCGCACUCGUAAGAAUACGUCACCAUAGUUUACAGUGCGUCGAUUUUAGAGCACUAUCGUACGUUCAACAACGUACUGCAUCCGCUAGAAAAAAAGAAACAAUAGCUAGCUAACAAUUGCUAGAAAAAAAAACAAUAGCUACACCAUGCAUUUUCAAGUUUAAAAUUGUAUGGAAUAGAAAGAUGAAUGUACUAAAAUGAUCGAAACAACGUUGGUUGCUAAUGGGAAUCAAUACACCAGUGCCAUGGCU